GGGAGGAAGGAAGGAAGCAGAGGAAGAAAGGAAAGGGGGAAUGAACAAGUCAAGCAAAGUUACUGGGGGACAAUUCAUUCAUUCAUCAAUCUACCCAUUCAAUCAUUCAUUCAACAAAUAUCUACUGAGUUCCUACCAGGCCCCGAUCUAGGCCCUAAGGAUACAAUUCGCAAGCUCAGGGGACCGGUGACUCACUCAGCGUUUCCAGCCCGAAAUAAGGCUAUGAGCCACGACAAGGCAAGGACAACUCUCGUCAGCUGAGGCCAGAGCCAGAGGCACGGCAUACCCAGCUCACUGACGACCGCCUGCGCAGACACCGACCACUCAACUCUCAGCUUCCCGACAGAGGUGUUAAUCUGAGGGUCUGACACUCCCUCCUGCCCACUGUGGUUCCAUCUCUCAGGAUGAUUCCCAAGGAGCAGAAGGGGCCGGUAAUGACUACCACGGGGGACCUCACUGAACCAGUCCCUUUGCUGGACCUGGGCAAGAAGCUGAGCGUGCCCCAGGACUUGAUGAUGGAAGAGCUAUCACUGCGUAACAACCGAGGAUCCCUCCUCUUCCAGAAGAGACAGCGCCGCGUGCAGAAAUUCACCUUUGAGUUUGCAGCCAGCCCGCGUGCGCUCGUGGCAGGAAGCGCCAAGGAGAAGGUGACUGGAACAGCGGAACCUGGGAUGGUUGCCAAUAGCUCCGAGGGGCAGAACUACCGCUCUGAGCUCCACAUCUUCCCGACCUCAGGGCACGGGGGCCCUGAGGAUGCCCAGCCCACAACCGCCCGGCCAGUGAGUGCCCACAGCCCCAGUGCCCUGGCGCCAGGCUAUGCCGAGCCACUGAAGGGCGUCCCUCCCGAGAAGUUCAACCACACGGCCAUCCCCAAGGGCUACAGCUGCCCAUGGCAGGAGUUCGUCAGCUACCAGGACGACCUGGGUGAAAGCAGAAGUCAUACCCCCAGCCUGGAGGAGUAUCGAAAUUUCAACAAGACACCAGUGCCCUUUGGAGGAGCCCUGCUGGGGGAAACCAUUCCGAGGGCAGGCACCCCCUUCGUCCCGGAGCUCACCAGUGGCUUGGAACUCCUCCGCCUCAGACCCAGCUUCAACCGGGUGGCCCAGGGCUGGGUCCGCAACCUCCCAGAGUCUGAGGAGCUGUAGCCCCAGCCGCUUCAAUUCCCCCAUCUCAGAGUUUGGGUAACACCUGGAGCCAAGACUCGUGGACAGCACUUCACAGUUUAUGAAGGGCCAUCACACACAAAUGGCCUCAAAGGUCACGAAGUUCAGCAGUUCCCAAAUGUGGUGUGCUUCAAAAUUACCUGGAGGUGUUUUAAUACAGACUUCUGGCCCGUCCCAAACCUGCAGCAUCAGAAUCUCCUGAGUGGAGGGUCUCUAUUAGUAACCAGUACUCCCAGCUGAUUCCAGGAAAACUCGUCCCCGGUUUGUAUCUUUAGGAAUCCAAACCACCAAUGACUUCACGUCCAAGCCUCCACUCUUUCCUGCUCCUGUAGUCUAGCUACGCUGCCCCAAUGACAGGGAGCUCGCUAGCCGCCUAUUUACCUGUGAAUCACUCUGAUAAUUAGAUUUUCCUUUUACUGAGA